UCGUGGCUCAUUUAGCCGCUGUCAAGGCGCUUCAUAUGGCUGCCGCUUUAACUAACUUCUCAACUCCGACAGGGAAAGUGGCUCAAAUGCGCCUUCUGUCAGCGUGGAUGUGAACCAACAACCGGAGAGGAGAUAAAGCAUCCACGGGGAGAACAUUUCUCUGACACUCUAUGUAUUGGAUUAUUAAUUAAGUUUGCAUUUCAUUAUUUUUGUGGUGUAGGAUUGUCGUUCCCUCGUGUGCACCUGCUCUGCCGGACUCGCGCGCCGACUGAACCAGACUUUGUUUCAUCUGUUGGUUGAAAGUUUGAAAACCAGGUGAAUGUAUAGCAUGAUGAUGGAGACGGACCUCCAGUCCCCUGGACCCCAAACGAACACACAUUUGGGGCAAACGGGGCCGAACAGUGGGUCCAAAGCGAAUCAGGACCGGGUGAAGCGUCCGAUGAACGCGUUCAUGGUGUGGUCCCGUGGGCAGCGGAGAAAGAUGGCCCAGGAAAACCCCAAGAUGCACAACUCUGAGAUCAGCAAGCGGCUGGGAGCCGAAUGGAAGGUCAUGUCCGAGGCGGAGAAGAGACCCUUCAUCGACGAGGCGAAGCGGUUACGAGCAAUGCACAUGAAGGAACACCCGGAUUACAAGUACAGACCGAGACGGAAGACCAAGACGCUGCUGAAAAAGGACAAAUACUCUCUGGCCGGUGGCCUGCUCUCUGGGGCCGGUGGCGGUGGAAUGGGUCUGGGUGUCGGGAUGGGUUCAUCCGGCGUCGGCCAGAGGUUAGAGAGCACCGGGGGCCACGGGGGCUCCACCAGCUCAGGCUACGCUCACAUGAAUGGCUGGGCGAACGGUGCGUACUCGGGGCAGAUGGCUGCAGCUGCUGCGGCGGCGGCGAUGAUGCAAGAGGCGCAGCUAGCUUACAGCCAGCACCCGGGCAGCGGGCAUCACCACCACUCACACCACCACCACCACCCACACAACCCCCAGCCCAUGCACCGCUACGACAUGUCGGCACUCCAGUACAGCCCCAUCUCGAACUCUGAGGGCUACAUGAGCGCAUCUCCGUCCGGCUAUGGCGGGAUCACCUACACGCAGCACCAGAGCUCUGGCGUCUCCUCCUCGGCUGCCAUGGGCACGUUAGGGUCGCUGGUGAAGUCAGAGCCGAGCGUAAGCCCUCCCGUUAGCACUCACUCCAGGGGCCCUUGCCCCGGAGACUUGAGAGAGAUGAUAAGCAUGUAUUUACCGACCGGAGAGCCCGGGGACCCGUCGGUGCAAAGUAGACUCCACGCAUUGCCGCAGCAUUACCAGAGUGCGACGGCUGGGGUGAACGGAACGGUUCCAUUAACGCAUAUAUAGAUUAUUUAUAUGACUAUGGAAACUGCAGCCAGAAUACAAAAACCCAUAACCAAAUAUUUACUUAUUUUUUAAAUGAUCACUGAACUACCUGCAUUUUGUUCAGAAUGUUUAUGGUGUUCUUGUAAAUUAAAAGUAAAUUAGCCUAUCCUUUUCCCAUUUUGGAGUAUACACUCUCUUACGAACAGGAUAUGAGUUCAGAUACUGGUUGUUGUGUUAUCAUUUUGUAAUUUUUUAUUAACCACACUUGUGGUUGAGGGCGAUGCCAACCAAAUUAAUGAACACAUUUGCUUAACUAUAAUCGAAUUAUUUUUGGUUCACUGUAAGUUAUUGAAAAAUAAGAACAUGUUUUCCAUAAUCAUGAAAGGUGGUUUUAAAGAUUGAUAUUUUCCCCAUUUAAAUAUUCCCCAAGAGAUUGUAAACAUUUCCGUUUACACUGUCUAUUCAUGAUCAUAAUUAUCUCCUCUUAUUGUAAUAACUAUUGUAAAUUGUGAAUAAUUUGAAUAUUUUAAAAGACUGACGCGCAACUGCUAUUGUAUAAUUUACGAAAUGCAUUUCUGCUAGAGAGAGGAUCUGAUAUUGGGCUGAAUUACAUUUUAAAUAAAUUUCACACAUAUGUUGCUCUGAUUCUACAAAAAAAGUGUUAGCUUGAUUAUUGUUCACUAUCUUCAGUUGCAAAUGGUAAUGAGUUAUAUAUUGAAGGCCAAGAAACUUUGAGUCCGACGUAAAGCUACCUAUACAGCUAAUAUUUUUUUUAAAUGGGAGACACUCUCCCAUUUAAAAAAAUGGGAAACCCGUAACAUGAAACAAAUAGUUACAAUGCGUAAUAUUUWAUAUAAGUAAACUUGUUUUUUGGCCAUUGGAUUAAGAGAGGCAUGUCCCAUGGUACACCCAAACUAUUCUCAGGGUUUACCCUUAUGGGUUUGUAAUCAUUUCUGUAAAGAUAACGUUACUAGCAAGUUGUCACAAUAGAACAGGGUCCACAUAUUUCAGAGAGAAGCACACUAUUCACAUUAGUCCUUCAGAAUAUAGCCUACAUUUCGGAUAUAUGCGUGCAUCGUCUCACUUGGAAUAUAUUUUUAUAAUUAAUUAUGCUCUUUUUGUUCUUGAUUCGAUUUAAAAAGUUUUAUUUUUAGUCUUUUCAUGGUUUUUCUUUCCCAUGAUAAUUUGAACGCAAUUAGGCUACAUGCAUUAGGCCUAUGGUUUGUUUUAUUUUGAUUACUGACAAACUUAGACUAGACCUGUUCCGCAGGUAUUGGUUAUACAAUAGACCUAUAGCACUUAAUAACUUGAUUUUAUGUUGUUAUAAUGUACAAUAGAUUAUUCAAAUAGCAUAAUAUMAUAUAUUUCUGUAGUAACUUGGCAAAAAAUACAUUAAUAUAUCCUAUAGCCCAUAGAAAACAAGAGCAAAGCUAUCUCGAGUUGGGUGACUUUUGUGGCUUUUUGAAAGACAUAUUUUUCUUGCAAGCGCUGAAGGGAUGAACCAUGCAGGCCUAUUUGGACAAUAACGCUAUGAUUGCAAAUGGCGAUCACCAAAUGCAACUAGUAAAUGUUGAACGAUUAUUCAGGCUCACUCAAAUAUCCUAGGCUAUAUUUUAUCACAAAAAUUAUGUUUUUAAACCUAAUAAAUGUGUAGGAGGUUUUGACGUUUUUGUUAUUGGCGAAUUUAGGCCUACCCGUUUUAUUGUUGUCAUGAACAGUAUAAUAGGCGUACUGCUUUUCAGUAAGUUAGCCUAAUAUUAUUUUACUUCAUAGCAUAUUGUCCUAAAUUAUUCCACUUAAAUUAUUAUAGACUUAUUAUAAUUCAGAUAAGGAGUUGUAUAAACCAGAAUUAGGUUGUAUACAUAUAUAGCAAGCUUCAUUUGAUUACUUUAGAAUAGUUUAGUAUUGAAUUGACCUCAUCUCACAUUUUACUUGUGACUGACUAUCUCCCAGUAUUGAAUACAUCGACUACACUGUGAGUAGAUAAUCCUGAUAAGUAUGAGCUGAAGGCUUUUUAAUGGUCUAUUUGGGAGAAAAGUGGAAACUUUUCUGUUUUCUUGUUAUGUGAGUAGGGGUCAAAGUUCAGGCUGUUUCCUUGAUCCCUUAACAAAGCCUGUACCCCUGAAUAGGAAGCAGUAUGGAUACAAAGAAACCACAUUAGUCAGUGAUUGACACACUCUGCAUCCCUGCCAUAGGCCUACUACAGCAAGUAUACUUAUGAAGGCUGCAAUGCCAGAACAAUGUGCCUGAUUCACAAUAUAGGGACAAUUCAGUACAGCUCGACUUGGUUCGCUUGACUUGGCUCGGUUUGGCCCUAUAGUGUGUAACAGGCACUUGGAUUUUAAUGAUCAAGAACCACUUUUCUAUUGAACUUAGAUUUCCCCCCAAUAAUGGUUGAAUACAUUUUGCACUUUCAGGGAAUAGAUUCCGGGUGGCAGUAUCAUCCAAGUAGAUAAAGUUCUUUAUUUAAGCCAUGGUUGUAUUACAGACGACAUAGUACCUUCAACUCAUUUGAUCGUAUUACCACUGUGUGUAUUGGAUUGAUUUAAAGUUUGACCCUUUGGAGAUUCUGAGAUGAUGGUUAGUGUGUAUGGGAUGUUAUAUUCCUUUCCUCUGUGCCAUGAUGAAUGGAGACUAGAUGAAAUCACCGUGCUGGAGACGGAGAUCUAAAAUGUGUUGAAGAGGGUGAUAAGUGUGUAUGACUCGUUUUGAAUCAGAGCAGAUCAUCUGUAGACAUUAGGAAACAAGGAAGGGUGAGCUGUUCACUAGGUGUUUCAAGUUGAAGUGUUUUAAUACCCACAUGGCAGUCAUAGACACUGAAGCACAAAGGCAUGGCUAACAUGAUGAAAUAAACAAUUACACACAAUUUA